UCCACCCAGCACAAAUACUCAAAGGAUAGACGAAAACAAGGAAGUUACGAGUAAAAAUAAAAGGACGAGGAACUCUGUGUAAAUCUUUAAUUUAUUGUCACAUAAACGAAGGAAUCGACCUGUUGGAAUUCUCGUCCCGUGGGCUGUUUUAUCUAUAGUCGAGAAAAAUGAACAACAAAGGUUCAUAUCCACAACAAGCUGUUUACCCUCAGCAGAGCACAGCACCUGUUUACCCACCUGCUAUGCAAGUCCAGCCUCAGGUGUCCCCAUAUCCAGAUGCCCCUCCUCCAUACUCUGAGGUUUAUCAGCCCAGGUAUAUGGCUCCUCCCCAAGCCCCUGGACACAUCCCCCAAAUGACCUCAGCAUACCCAGGUACUCAGAUGUACAUGCCCAUGGCUCAGUCUGUUCCAAUGGGGGCAAUGGCAUCCAGCGUCCCAAUGGCAUACUAUCCCAUGGGACCCAUGUACCCUCAUGGUUCCACUAUGAUGGUGGAAAGCGGAUACGAUGCUGGAGCUCGCUUUGGGCCUGGCACCACUAAUUCCAUUCCUCCUGUACCACCUGGACACAUGCCUAAUGCAGCUCAAUUGGCAGCCAUGCAAGGUGCAAAUGUGGUGAUGACGCAACGCAAGGGCAACUUCUUCAUGGGCUCCGGUGGGGGUUACACUAUCUGGUAACAGUGAGCAUCACCAUGGGCUUGAACCGAAGCCCUCCUUCUAAGUUCCCAAUCCUUUACCUCCCUUACCCUGCCUCCCCUGAGGCAGCUUGGCUAAGCCACAAUACUGAU